AUGGCCGUAAUGAGGAUACUAGAUGAUAUUCGAACAUCACAAUACCGACGAGACUACCUUGAACUCAGUGGUAUUUCUGGAUAUCAGCGAUAUCUAGCAAUCCAAUGGCUUACUAGUGUUCGAAAUUAUGUGAAUGACAUGAAGACAAGAUCUUGCCGCUAUGUUUGCAGAAGCCCAAUUGCACUGGACUACUACAAUCUCUAUGAGUCAGCCUUAGUCGAGUUUAAUGAUGAAAUGAAACAGUGGAUUAAGACAGCUUUUCAGUAUAUAUACGAAUUGUCGCUGACAUGGGUGCCAUUAGGCAGAGUAACAGCAAACUCGAAGGCCGCACUUAUUCUUUUCCUUAUUCGGUAUAUCCUCAGGAAGUAUUGUGACUGCGAUGCUCCGGAUAACAAUUGUAGACAUCGAUUUAUGGAAGUGUGGCCGUCAAAUUUGGCCAGGUUGACCGGAUGUAGGCAGACCGGCUACUUCCUUCAUGGGGCUAUGAACUACGCUAAUCUGCUUUUCGGGUCAAGUAGAGGAAUGCAUAUUUUUAAUGACGACGAACAUUGUAGCGGCGAAAUUGCGUUUUCUAAAUACAGAAAUUCUGUGGCAACCGAUCCUAAAUUACUAAACCCAUCUGAGGAAGAUUAUGGCUUCGGAGAACUUUAUGCGGGAAUCGAAGAUUUAACACAAAUAGAAGUUGAUGAACUAGAAGAUAUACCAGAAGAAGAGCCUGUUAUUCUUCAAACGUUUGCAGAGUUCGCAGUCUACGUAGAACUGAUCACACCUUGCCAUAAUGAGCUGUAUGAAAUAAUGAUGAGAAAAAUAAUUUUUUAUCGAAAUUCUGAAUUCCAUUUAGACGGUGUUCUUCAUUCGGAAGCUUUUCAUAAAACUGAUGUCGAUGAAGCGAUGGCAAUGGGAGAGGCUGAGAGGCGUGAACAAGUCACUACAGCAUAUAAUGUCUGGUCAACAGAUGUAGCAGAUGCUCAGGAUGAAAAUUGUAUGGAAUUUGAAAUUGAAGAUCUAGCAGAGCAAAAUGCGAUUGUCGAAGAAAGAUUAGAAGAAAUACAAAACAAACAAAAAUUAAUGAUAUGUAUGGAUGAAAUCCGAAGUUCUGCUUACUGUUCGGAGUUUUGGCUCAGAAGUGGAGUAUCUCAUUAUCGUCGUGCACAUGUCGUAGAAUGGAUUUCAAAGAUGCAAAGGCUACUGCGCUGGUCAGAUAUUGCUUUUUAUGCAGCCGUUGAUCUGUUAGACGCGUAUCUGUUUGUAAAUGUAAUAGUACCAUCAGAUUAUGAAAUGAUAGCGUUCGCAUGCUUGAUUCUGGCCCACCACAUCAGAGAUAAUACAAAUCUGGAGGAAAUUUAUCGCAUGUUUCCUGAAAUUGGAUCAUUUUAUACCAUAAAUCAAGUAAUUAACUAUGUUGAUGAAAUGAAAACGAAAUCGUGUCGAUACCUAUGCAGAUGUCCAACCGUGAUGGAUUACUAUGAACUUUACGAACCAUUUUUAAUUGAAUUCGAAUAUGAUUUAAAAGAUUGGGUAAAUAAAUAA